AUAUAUAGAUUGUAUAGAUGUUAUUUCCUUCACCGUGGAAGUCAAUCGUGAACAUUUGUUAAGUACGUAUUUCAUUAGAAAAGUUAGUACCUGCCAGCGGGAUUCGAAGACUUUUGCAUCGACUAGAUACGAAUGCACCGGACGUUUUAUAUUUUAGCCAGCGACGACUGCCGUUAGUUACUAUAUAGGUGACGUUUAAAUUUUUAUUACCUGCCACAAAAGUCAUUAUCUAAAUAAUAACAAUGUUUUCAAUACAUUUCCUGAGAAUUUACUGUGUUGAUGGAAAGAAAAAUAUAACUAUUUCAUACUGUCUGUAUAGUUUGACUUUGAACACGUGACUUUAUAAUAAAUCUCUUUGUGCUUUAACUAUUUUAAUCCCGAAAGAGUUAACUAUCAUUACAUAAAAUUAAAUAGAUUUUCUAAAAAAAACAUAAAACAUGUAAUGCUUAGUUAGAAUCUCUUGUUUAGUAUUUGUUAGCAUUGUAAGUUAGUCAGUUUCACUUAUCGCUAACGUUAUCAGUGACUGUCACCGAUCUCACUAUCUCGUGGUCGGCGUGACCACAUCACCCUGUCAUUCGCAGAAGAACCGUGGCAACGUACUCUCGAUUCUCAACUUGCCUUUCGCUAUGCGACCCGGUCACAAAAGUCUGUACAUGUUGCAAAAUUACCAAUUGAUUCGUUAGCCCACUUCCUCAGUUAGCAAGCACUGUACAUUGUGAUUCGCAACCGCUAUCCGGUUCGCGAGUUAUUCGAAAACAAUCUUAUUCAUAUCUAUCAGACAACGGACAUUAUUCAAGAGAAAUGUGUUAUGUGCUAUGAAGUUCAUUAUAAAAUCGGUGAUGUUCUUCUAUGAACCAAUCUGUUUUUGUGAAAACAACGAAUAUGGAUGUUAUUUCUUUGUGAUAUGUGACUGUCUGAAAAAAAGUAAAAUAAACGAUGCUGCGACGUCGGGGAACUUACACAGUGAAUGCCGAUCCGGAUAAAAGGGACACUAGAAUAAAAAAUGUCCUUCCUGUAUUUUAUCUGAAAAAUAUAGGCAAGGACGGCUCAAAGGUGACGACUGUGGUAGCGACGCCGGGGCAGGGCCCUGACCGGCCUCAGGAAGUGAGCUAUGCUGACAUGAAAUUGAUCGGCAACGGCAGCUUCGGCGUCGUCUAUCAAGCCAAACUAUGUGACACCGGCGAGCUCAUUGCCAUCAAGAAGGUGCUCCAGGACAAGAGGUUUAAGAACCGAGAACUUCAAAUCAUGCGACGGCUGGAGCAUUGCAACAUUGUGAAACUGAAGUAUUUCUUUUAUUCCAGUGGCGAAAAGGCGGCAGUGCCCGCAGCAGUCAGUUCUCUGUUAAACGCAAUGCAGACCCUUGAUGUCACAAAAGACGAAGUGUACCUGAAUUUGGUGCUGGAGUACAUACCCGAGACCGUGUACAAAGUGGCGCGUCAUUACUCCAAAGACGAACAAACCAUACCCAUUAGUUUUAUAAAGCUGUACAUGUACCAGCUGUUCAGAAGUCUGGCGUACAUUCAUUCUUUGGGCAUCUGUCACCGAGAUAUCAAGCCGCAGAACCUAUUGCUUGACCCCAAGACUGGAGUGUUGAAGCUGUGCGACUUUGGCUCGGCGAAGCACCUCGUUCGCGGAGAACCAAACGUUUCCUACAUAUGUUCGCGUUAUUACCGCGCUCCGGAGCUCAUCUUUGGCGCCACCGACUACACCACGAAAAUUGACGUGUGGAGCGCGGGAUGCGUUGUCGCUGAGCUGUUGUUGGGUCAACCGAUAUUCCCAGGAGAUUCCGGGGUUGACCAAUUGGUUGAAAUUAUCAAGGUUUUAGGGACACCGACAAGAGAACAAAUCCGAGAGAUGAAUCCAAAUUAUACAGAAUUUAAGUUUCCGCAAAUCAAGAGUCACCCUUGGGCGAAGAUGCCCGUGAACCGCCAGGUGUUCCGCGCGUGCACGCCCCCGGACGCCAUCUCGCUGGUGUCGCGGCUGCUGGAGUACACGCCGGGCGCGCGCCUGUCGCCGCUGCAGGCCUGCGUGCACAGCUUCUUCGACGAGCUGCGCGAGCCCACCGCCCGCCUGCCCAACGGCCGCCCGCUGCCGCCGCUCUUCAACUUCACCGAGUACGAGCUCGGCAUCCAGCCCUCGCUCAACGAGUUCCUGAAGCCGCGCAGCGCCGCGCAGUCCGAGCCGGCCGCCGCCUCCUCUGCGCCCGACCACGACGCGCCAGGCGAGGCGGCAUCGGGCGGCGCGACGGCCGACGCUUCCUAGACCCGCGCUCCCCGAGACGACCUAGCGUACUUGAUAGAGCUUGAGCCGCCCCGGUCGGCGGGAAACGAAAAUCCGCCGUAGAUUCUGACCCGCGAUGUGAUCACUUUGUACUUUUGUAAGCUCCGAUCGUCUCCUCGUGUACAUACCUCGAACGCCGAGUCUGAGGCCGUCCGUCCGACGAUGGACGGAUUGCUCGAUUCCGUUUUUAUUAGUGACGUCGUCCGUGUUGUCCGUUCGCCCUAUGAGAUAAUUUCGCUUUUAUCCGUAGCGGUCGCAGUUAGCGACCACGCUUGGGCCGUGUUGUUGUAGGGAAGACAUUAUUCAGUAGUGCAUUAGUGUAUUUAUUGUUGGGAGUCGUAUCGCUAACUCGACAUAUACAUAGAGCUGAAUUCGACUAAGCAAAUUAAAUGUUUUGUUGCAAACAUAGAAAGCAUACUUUGUAAAUUUUUAUAGCUAGCAUAAACUGAUCUCUCAAUAUAAUUUUAUUGAUUUCUCAGAAUAUAAUGUAUUUGUGUAAAAUAUUUCAAGGAAUAUAAAUUUUAGAUGUAUUUCACAAAUAAUAGAUGUUUCAUUUCCCGGCAGUUUCUGUGUUAGAUAUGUUUUGCUGUGUAUUCGUUUAUCCAGAGGAUAGUUGUAAUGUACCUACAUAAUGUGCCGUGUAACCUAAUGUCACGACAUAGUUUUUCAAUAAUAUUGUAUUCUAUAUUCAAUAAAUGAUAUUUCUAUAAUAUAUAAUAAAUUUGUCAUUGCGAACGCUAUUGUUAUUAGUAGUCAUUUAUUAAGAGGACGGUUAUAGUAAUGCUAAAUUUCAUUGUCAUAGUGUUUAAGUAUUUGAAUAAUUUCGGUUUGCACUUCAUUUUUGCUUACUAUUACAUUUUAGGUCCUGGUAAAAAUUUCUUAGCGUAGACUAACAAAAACUUACUCACCCUGUAGAAGUAGCCUAUUCGUGAAAUGUCGAUUGCUUGUUGCACAUUUUGUGGAACCAAAGUAGUUGAAAUAUUUACACAUCUCAGAGCUUUAAACAUAAAAAAAAACAACAAUCAGCAGCUCGCAUAAUUUAACAAUAAACGUUUGAAGUUAUAAAAGUUUAAUACUAUGUGACGUCAUCAACUAACGAAGUAGUGUGGGCAAAAAACAAUUGUCUUGUGUAAUGAAAAUUGUACAUUACAUUCGCGAUAUGUAUGAGCGAUCAAUUGACAAAUUUUAUUUUUGGUAUCUGACGGAAAUCGCCAGUGUCCGACCGUAGUGCGACAUACACAUGCGUGUAUUCAUGCAUACUAUGAAUGUACCUUCGUACUGCUAUUUAUAAAUUAUUGUAUGUUAGGAGAGCGCUCGGCGCAUCGAUUUCAAAUCACACAUAGUGAAGCUUAGUUUCUCAUCGUUUAGGCUUAUCGGUUUUCAGAAACACGUUUACGAUUUGUGUAAAUAUAAUAUUAUAUUAUAAUUAUGUUAACGGAGCACCAUCGGAGUGACGCGCCGCGCCACGGCGACGUCUCGGCGCCACUGAGGCUCGGCGCGUCACCGGUGCCCCGCAGCGGACUCAGUAAGAGACACGGUAGUUUAGAUAUGCAUAUUUUAUUAAGUCUUAUCUUGUAUGAAUUUUGUAAUCGACGUUGCUUCUAAAGAUCAUUUUGUGUAAAAAAAAUUAUAAAACAUACUAGUGACCUGAAUGUUCGAAGCUAUAUUUGAACGUCUUUUAUCCCACUGAAUUCUCACUUUCACGAUUUGCGUGCACAUUUAAUUACAUGAGAAUUUCGUAUAUACAUAGUUGGAAAAUGGAGUUAUGAUGACUUAUAAUAAAUUAUUUAAAGUAAAGUUUUCUUAUUACUAUUACUGUAAUAUUAAAUUUAAUAGUGAGUGAAAUUUGUAUUUUGUUUUAAUAUUUGUUUUACUGAAUUUGAAUACGUCGUAACACCCAUAUCGUUGUUAGUUAUGAAUGAAAAUAACAUAAUUAUAAAGUAAAUAUUAAAUGAAUAGUAA